AUGACAAAUAGCGUAACUGCAACUAUGCAGUGGGGAAAUAAUAUUCGAGUGGUGGUUGGUAUAGAUUUUGGAACCACUUUUUCGGGAUUUUCUUAUUGCCAUGUAGCAUCUAGAGAUAACAUUGUUACAAAUGAUCAAUGGCCUGAAAAUCUUGGUCAAUUUAAAACAAAUACUGUUCUUCAAUACGAUCAAAAUUUCAAUGAAGUAUUAAAAUGGGGAGCUCCAGCUUUAGCUAGACGACAAAGUCGAAGGGAUGAACGCAGAGAGACAAAACCUGUUGAAUUGUUUAAAUUAUGUUUAGGUAAUUUAGAAGAAGAUUUAAAACCUAAACUUCCAGUUGAAUAUAAAAGAGCUAUUACAGAUUAUCUUACAGAAAUAGGAAAGUUAAUUAGGUCAAAAGUUGAAAUCGCUUGGGGUAAUUUAGAUUUUCUUAAAGACAUUCUUUUCGUACUUACGGUCCCUGCAGAAUAUUCUGAAAAAGAAAAGGCGGUAAUGAGAGAAUGUGCAUAUAAUGCUAAUUUAAUAAGGGAAAAAGGCUCUGACUUGUUACAAUUCACUACUGAACCUGAAGCUGCUGCAGUUUAUUGUAUGGAAAAUUGCUUAAGAGAACACGAUUUAUCCGAUACAGAAAGUGAAGAAAAUGAAGAAACAACUUUCAUGAUUGUUGACUGUGGAGGUGGCACAGUAGAUUUAACAACUCGUGAGAUUGUAGGUAAUGAUGUUGGUGAAGUUACUGAACGAUCAGGUGAUUACUGCGGAAGCACAUUUGUUGACCGAGCAUAUCUCGAUCACCUAAAAAGAAUAUUGGGUCAUUCGGCAAUUGAUAAUUUGAGGAAAAAUCAUUAUAAACAAUUGCAAUAUAUGGUUCAAAAAUUUUGUCGGCAAGCUAAAUUUCUUUUCACAGGCGAAGACAGAAAUUUUAAUUACGAGUUAGAUAUUUUGGACACUGCACGUGACCUGCAGCAAUAUGUUACCGGAGAUGCCGAACAAUUGAUGGAGGAAAAGGAAUGGUUGAUUCAAUUUAAUUUUAAUGAUAUUAAAUCAAUGUUCGAUCCAACUGUUGAAAGAAUUCUGAAGUUGAUAGAAUUACAACUUGAAAAUUGCAGCAAAAAAUGUUCAAUAAUGUUCCUAGUUGGAGGAUUCAGUCAAUCAGUUUACUUACAAAAAAGAAUUAAGGAAAAAUUCAAUGAUUUAGUUAGAAAUAUUUCUGUUCCUACACAUCCUAUUGCAACAGUAGUUCGUGGUGCUACAUUAUAUGGUUUAAUAGUGUACGACAGGGUUAAUAAUAAUUCGGGAAGUGAAGUACGACUUAAAUUAACAACUCGCGUAUUAAAAUUUACUUACGGUAUUAAAAUUGUUGAUACUUGGAAAAAAAAUGAUCCGACAGAUCGAAAGACUCCUAAAGGAGAAAUAAUCAGAUUUCUUCCUAUAGGUAAAGCAAAAAGAGGAGAAUCCGUAAAAAUUGAUGAGUAUAUUUUUUCGGAUAAAGAACUUGGCCCUAAUAACCCCUUUCAAACAAUGGCAACAUUUCACAUAUAUUACACGCGAGAACGUGAUGCUAAAUUUUGUAAUGAUCCUGGAAUGGAAUAUUUGGGGAAACUUAAAAUUAGUCUACCGGAUGUACAUCUUGGUCUUAACAGACCUCUUAAAUUUGGAUUGUCGUUUGGUGAAAUGGAAAUAAAAGCUACUGCAAGAAAUGCAACAAACGGGCAAUGUUAUUUAACUACUUUUGAAAUAAAUGAAGCAGAAAAUGAAGAAAAUAAAUAA